AUGAUAGCUACAGGGGCUCUGCCUCAUGCCUCGGGUAAGGAUUCUACUGCUAAGUGUCCUAUUGGUGAACCUCCUUCUAUUCUCCACAAGUAUUACCAGCAAGGCAAUUUCAUCAUUGCAGGCAUUUUCUCUCAGAUCUACAUUUUUUCCAGUCCAAUCAGCUUUCAGAAGCAGCCUUCUGAAGAACACUUUGAUGACCUUGUGAUGUUCACUCAGAAUUACCAGCACAUCCUGGCCUUGGCAUUUGCUGUGAGGGAAAUCAAUGAGAAUAACCAACUCUUACCCAAUUUCACUUUGGGCUUCCACAUUUUAAAUAGCCAUUUUUUUGCAAGAUGGACCUACAUUGCCUCUAUGGAACUUCUAUCCACAAAGGACAAAUUCAUCCCUAACUACAAAUGUGGUAUUCAUGAUAACAUUGUGGGAGUCAUUGGGGGACCAAAUUCCCAAGUCUGCCUCCACAUGACAAACAUCCUGAGCACCUAUAAAGUUCCACAGAAAAGGCCUCGUUCUAUCUGUAAUGACAAUUGUCACUCAGGUUCAAGUAGAGCCAAAAUAGAAGGAAAGCCGUAUUGCUGCUAUGAGUGCCUUCCUUGUCCAGAAGGGAGGAUUACAAAUCAUAAAGACAUGGAUGAUUGUUUCCCAUGCCCAGAAGAACAGUAUCCAAACAACAACCAUGACUCGUGCCUUCCAAAACAUAUAGUUUUCCUGUCUUAUGAAGACCCAUUAGGGACCAGUUUGGCCACUACAGCAAUUGUCCUUGCUUGCAUGGCUACUGUGGUACUUGGGAUCUUCAUCAAAUACCAGGACACCCCCAUCGUCAAGGCCAACAACCGGAACAUCACCUACCUUCUCCUUGUCUCCCUUCUGCUCUCAUUCCUUGGCACUUUAUUAUUCAUUGGACAGCCUGAAAAGGUGACUUGCCUUUUGCGACAACCUGCUUUUGGGAUUGUCUUCUCGGUGGCCAUUUCUUGUGUAUUGGCCAAAACCAUCAUUGUGAUUUUAGCUUUCAUGGCUUCAGUGCCAGGAUCCAAGGUGAAGAGAUGGCUGGGAAAAGGAUUAGAUAAUUACAGUGUUGUUUCCUGCUCCUUCAUUCAAGUUGUUCUUUGCACUGUAUGGCUUGUAACCUCUCCCCCAUACCCAGAUGCUGAUUUGAAUUUUGUUGCAGAUGAAAUCAUCCUGGGAUGCAACGAAGGUUCCCCUCUCAUGUUUUACUGUGUCUUGCUUUACCUUAUUUUCCUUGCCAUUGUUGGUUUCAGUGUGGCUUUCGAAGGACGGCAUUUACCGGACAGUUUUAAUGAGACCAAGUUUAUCUUCUUCAGCCUGUUGUGUUUUUGCAGUGUCUGGUUGUCCUUUUUCCCCACAUAUUUGAGCACCAAGGGGAAAUACAUGGUGGCUGUGGAGAUCUUUUCCAUACUAUCUUCUAGUGCAGGGUUACUGGGCUGCAUCUUUUUCCCCAAAUGCUUUGUUAUUCUAUUAAGGCCUGACCUGAAUAAUAAAAAGCAAUUAAUGAAAGGCAAGAAAGAAGAACUAUAA